UCGCCCUCUCUUUCUCUUUCACGCACACAAACACACACACGCACACACACACACGCACACACGCACACACACACACAGACAGCUCAGCAUCGCCUCUCUCAUGACAUGUAAAUCCACCCGUUUUAUGCUGCUCAGUCCUUCGGAGACACUUGGAGAGAGGAUUUGUGUAACAGCUCGAGUUAGAGCCUGUUCGGAAAUGGCAUGUAGAUAAAUCAAGGAUUAUCUGGAGGAGAAGCUCAGCAAGGAUGAACGGAAUGAACACAUCAACAUACCAGGAGGAGGAGCUGCUAGGUAACUCCACCUGGACCUUCUCCUACUAUCACCAAAACAACACCCUCACUCCUCCGCUCCUCCGGGACAAGGCGACCACUCCAAAACCUGCAGCCUGUGAGCAGGUCAACAUUGCAGUGGAGGUUUUUCUGAUCCUGGGUAUCAUCUCAUUGGUGGAAAACAUCAUGGUCAUAACGGCAAUAGUAAAGAACAAGAACCUCCAUUCACCCAUGUACUUCUUUGUCUGCAGUCUGGCUGUGGCAGACAUGCUAGUGAGUGUGUCCAACGCAUGGGAGACAAUCAUCAUUUACCUCCUGAACAACAGACAACUAGUGGUGGAGGAGCACUUCAUCAGACAGAUGGACAACGUUUUUGACUCUAUGAUCUGCAUCUCUGUUGUGGCUUCCAUGUGUAGCCUGCUGGCCAUCGCUGUAGACAGGUAUGUCACCAUCUUCUACGCUCUGAGGUACCACAACAUCAUGACAGUAAGGAGAGCGGGCUGCAUCAUCGCAGGAAUCUGGACCUUCUGCACUGGCUGUGGGAUCGUCUUCAUCAUCUACUCCGAGACCACCCCGGUCAUCAUCUGCCUGGUGUCCAUGUUUUUUGCCAUGCUGCUCAUCAUGGCCUCCCUCUACAGCCACAUGUUCAUGCUGGCCCGCUCGCACGUAAAGCGGAUUGCAGCGCUGCCCGGCUACAACUCCAUCCACCAGCGCACAAGCAUGAAGGGGGCCAUCACGCUCACCAUCCUCCUAGGCAUUUUCAUUGUCUGCUGGGCUCCCUUCUUCCUUCACCUGAUCCUGAUGAUCUCCUGCCCUCGCAAUCUGUAUUGUGUGUGCUUCAUGUCCCACUUCAACAUGUACCUCAUCCUCAUCAUGUGCAACGCUGUGAUUGACCCGCUGAUCUACGCCUUCAGGAGUCAGGAGAUGAGGAAGACUUUCAAGGAGAUAAUCUGUUGCUACAGCUUAAGAAAUGUCUGUGCCAACCUUUGCGCCCUGACCGGUAAGUUUUGAGAAACAGAGAAAGAGAAGACAAAAUGUGUUGGACGGAUGAACUGAACCAAAGCUGGUGCUGGAAGAUAAAAAUCUGAAAUUGAACAUACAGUGUAUAAAGACUUCUUUUGCUUACAUAUUACAGGCAAAACAGCUCUCUGUUAGGUUUUUGUUUUUCACCAACUGGUAAAAAGGAUGCGGCAGAAUGGAGACAGAAACAGUAAAGUGUUUACUAACAUGCUAAUGCACUGUAUCCAAAAUGCACACAAAGAGCCUGAUUUAUUAGGUGCAUUAUCCAAACACUCUACUAGCCCCAUCUGAAAUCACGAGUCAUUUGAAAAUGCGUCACAGAAAGCUACCCUUCUUUUCACCUUCCCCUGACAUUUCCUCCACAGCUUUUUUUUUCUUUGUUUGUAUUUUUGCUUCUCUUUUUCAAAUCAAUGAGAAUCUAUCUUCUCCUACCCUGCAAGACUAUGCCUGACAAGGCAGCCUGACAGAUGGAGAGGAAGAACGCCUUCUUAUUUACUUCAAUUAGUGAACCGUAUAGGCUAAAAGAGUGCUUAGAUGCUCACUGUUAAUUACCAAUGAUGGAAACCCCAGGCACCCAGUGUUGCUUUAGAGCAGUGAUGUGUGUUUUCUCAGCAAUUAGGACUACCUGCUUGACGCCGCAGCAUGGGCAAUGAAGUUUGGACAGAGAUGUGGGAAUUGUCUCUGUUGUUACAAUUCUAGCCAUAGACACUUUAAAAUUCUAAACCAUUGCUUUAGGGGCUAAAACAUGGAGGCAAUGUAAUGUCUGUAAUGUCAGGGACUCUGGCAUAUGCUUGAAUCACUCAUUAUUUUUUUGUAAAAUCAGAUUUCAGUGCCACGUGAAGCAAACACAACUGCAAAAUUCUGCUCUUGUCCUUUACAGAACAUUAUUAAAAUGUUUAUUAUAAAAUAAAGAAGGGGGAGGAGGGGCAGAUAUGAAUAGAAGGAAAUCACCAAUAGCAGCAAAUCACCAACAUAUAAUGACAACAUUUAUAGUCAUUCAACUGUGAGAUACUUUAUUGAUCCUGUGGUGGAACUAUUUUGUCACUACAACAAUGUACCAAUGCAAACAAGAUAAAUAAAAUAGUAAAUAAAGUAUAAAGGAAUCCAAAAAGUAACAUUAGGAACUGAAAAAAGAAUCAGUAGAAGGAUUAAAUUGUAAACUGUCAAAUUCACAGGUUAGUAAACUAUAUUUAAAGAUGUAAAUUGUAGUGGAAUGUUCAGCUCUUUUGUAAAGAGGAGCUGUUGCACAGUGAGACUGUGAAUGGCAAGAAGAAUUUCUUGAAUCAUUCUUCUGGGUACUCUUGCCUUCCCCCACAGUCCAAAAACAUGGCCGUUAGGUAAUGGAUUCCUCUAAUUUCCCUUAGAUGUCAGUGUGUGCCUACAUGGUUGCUUGUUCUGUUUGUCUCUGUGUUGCCCUGUGAUGGAUUGCCGACCUGUCCGGGGAUUACCCGACCUCUUGUCCAAUGACCGCUGGAGAGUGGCGCCAGGGAACCCAUGACCCUGCAAGAACAACAGAGGAAAGGCAAUGGAUGGAUGAUAAAUGACUGAAAGUCAAACCCAUGGCUUGUCCUAUUUUUGAUCAUUUGUGGGUGCUCGUAGAUCAUUGAUAGAAAGUAACAUCCCCAAAAAAGAUAUCUUACCCAAUCCUGAUGCCAAUGAUGAAUCCAACAGUGUUGCAAUAAUUAUGCAUGCAGUUGUCAUAGGAGAAGUGCAUCUAAAGCAAUCCAAAAUGCCUCAGAGAUAUGACAGGACUUGAUUUUUCACAAAAUGCCUUUCAUUUCCUCAUGCUUAGACCCAUGUAACAUGCAUUUUGAAUGCUUUAACUCAGAAGGCAUGAGAAGAAACACUGUAUCAGUGGCUUAACAUUAAUCCAGAUGUGGAGUUAAAUGUAGGUAUAGUCACACUGUAAAUAGAUUAAGGAUGGCUUUGUUUGGACCACCUUCAAAGGUGGUCUGAGAUCCUUUGAGAGUGACCCAAUCCCACCUGGAGAUAGAGAGGUAAAUACAGGUGUGAAUGUUUUUGUAUGAGGAUUAGUGACUCUACCUCACCCUUUUCAGACCUAGGAGGUACCACAAGGUGGUACCAUUUUUUGUGCUAUAACGCAUGUUUGAAUUAUUUAAUGUUUAUUAAAUAACUCUUAGUCUGUUAGGUAUUGUCCGGUGAAUAUCAGCCGAAACAGCUGAUAUUAAGACUAUAGUUGAAAGUAUUAUUCGAUCACUGGCAUUCUUUUAAUAGCAAUCUCUGCACACAUAUGGAAUAAAUCAGUGACUACUCUUCAAGCACAAGAAUUUAUUUACAGACAAAAAUUGCACAUCCAGUGAACACCGUUACAGAAUGUUGUUUAUUUGACUUAACACAACAUUUUGAUCAAGAAAUCCUCUCUACUAGGCCAAUGAAACUUAAUUAAACUACUAAGCAAAAUUAAGAUUAAAGAAACAAAAGAACUACUGUAUGUGUAUACAGAAUAACAAAAAGCUGUACUAACGCUUGUAGCACUAUCGAAUGAUGACGGAGUUAAUUAAAGCAAGCAUUAUGUUUAACCAAACCAUAGUUUACAAGGGUUAACAGUAUGUCAAUAACGGAGGCUAAUAGCGGCUAAUGCUAGCGGACAUUAGGCGCUAACUUAAAAAUACUUUUCAGCUAUAUUUUGUUAUAUAGGGUUUGGCCCCAUCGUUGUACAAAACCCUAAUGGAAAUAAAGUUUGUCAUAACCAUAAAGCACAACCCAAAACACAUCAGCAUAACUUUGUUUCAAGGCUGCUAGCAGGAGCUUAGCCUGUAAACUCCAGGUCUCUUUACGUCAGUCAAACCUUGAAAACAAAACAGUAAAAAACACAUUAAAAGCAAACCAUUUAAAUGAUUAAUCCCAUCCUAUCUUUCCCUGCUUAACUCUGCCAAAGCUCUCCCUCUGUGCCCGUUUGAUCAACUACGGUGCCUCCGAUUGCAAGAAGUUACUUCAGGGUGAAGCUAGCGGGCAAAGAGCAAGUGGUUAGCUAGGGGGGAAAGCCUGGGCAGGGUGAGCUGUACACGAGUCUCCGGUAGGACCAGUGGCGGCUGGUGAAAAAAAAUCUUGGUGGGGCUGGGCCUAACCCAGUACAUGCAUUUAAAUUAAAAGU